UGCACAACCGGCCGCGUCCAGCCAGUCAGUCAGUGUUUCUUUGCUGUCAAUCGCGCGCGCACACACGGCCUGCUGAGAUUUCGUCGUCCGCGUCAAGUUGAAUUCGGGGUUCGCGUUAAGGUUGGCAACGCUUUCGGCUUUAACGCGCCGUUGAUGUUUGGAUGUUUGGCAGAUUAAACCCUAACGAGCUAUUAAUUGGCAGAUGAGAGUGAUUGCGAGCACAAGUGUGUUGCAGUGCUGCUAGCUUGGUUGAAGAUUCCCCCGGACACGGAAGUGUGUCAAUAGAGUGUCUUUAGUGCGAUUUGAGCUACUUAAUUUUCCAGCCGGUUACGUUUGACAUUGGCAAAGGCGUCUGCUAAUUUGUCGUCUGUGACGGUUCGUUGACCUGCAGGGUGUUAGUGAAUUUGACGCCAAGUUUGGUGAACAGUGAAGCCAUGUUUCGCCAAGUGUGACAGCAGUUAGCGAAGAUCGCGAGAAGACAGGAAGUGGUGUCAGUGACACAAGAAGUGGUGAUUUUUUGAGGGAUUGUGGUGAACAUAAAACGCUGUCAAAAUUCCGCCGCUAGCGAUAAUGUCGUCGACAACGCACGAGGAGGAAGAUCUGGAUCAUGAUCAGGAGAUCAACGUGGACGCGGAUUCGGAUUCGCACUCGCGGAUGUCGUACAACAGUGCCGCCUCGGAGGAUAUAGAUCUGGAUGGCGACGGCAACGGGAGUUCGUGCUACGACGAGUCGGAUCUAGCGAGUGACCACCAAACCCCCUCCGAGCAGACGACCCGAUCCCCCAACGAGAACCUCACCUUCAGCAUAUCGAGGCUCCUGUCGAAAUCGUACGGCAGAAAGGACCACGACCACGACCACCACAGCAAACAGGACAAAGAGUCUUCCGACGGGGACGGGGACGGUCCGAACGGCAAGUCGGAACAUCACAUCACGGCCAGCGGACUCCAUUACACCGCCGGCGCCCUGUACAGCUACCCGAUCUACCCGGCCGGCCACGUGCUCCGAGUGCCUCCCCAGCGAGGGCCCUGCAAUCCGCUGACCUGGUCGCUGCCCCCGCUACAUCCGGCCGCCCUCGCCCACCAAGCCGUCAAGGACAGACUGGCCGCAUUCCCCAUCGCCCGCCGGAUCGGUCACCCGUACCAGAAUCGAACGCCGCCGAAGCGGAAAAAGCCCCGCACCUCGUUCACCCGGAUCCAGGUCGCGGAGCUGGAGAAGCGGUUCCACAAGCAAAAGUACCUGGCGUCGGCCGAGCGGGCAGCACUGGCGCGGGGCCUCAAAAUGACCGACGCCCAGGUGAAAACGUGGUUCCAGAACCGGCGGACCAAGUGGAGACGUCAAACGGCCGAAGAGCGCGAAGCCGAACGGCAAGCGGCAAACCGACUCAUGCUCUCCCUCCAGGCGGAAGCCCUGAGCAAGGGCUUCGGUGGACCACCCCCGUCGGCCGCCCAAUCCGGCACGGCCCCCGGCGCUCCACUGGCGGCCCUGCACGGCCUACAACCCUGGGCCGAAGCGCACACCGCCGGAUGCUGAAGCAUGUAAAAUAUUGAGCUGAAAAUAAUAAUAAUAAAAAAAAACUAGCACUUUUAAACAUUCACUCUAUUUAGAGUAGUGCCCCUUUCUGGGGCGUUAGGUUAAGUACUAUGAACAACUUCUUUGUGAUAAAUAGAGAGGAAUCUGCAGCAUCUUUUUGUAGCGCUUUAGGAAGAUAUUGUUAGUUUUUUAAGUAACGUGCUUGCGCGACGCGGUUAAUUUUGUAAAUUUGAUUGUAAAAUUGCAUUAGACACGCCACGUUUAUCUUAUUGUUUACGUUAAUUUGAACAAGUACUUAAUCAUCGUUUUUCUGUAGUGAAUAAACCUUAAGAUUUUAUUGAUCAACUCUAAUUAAGAGUGUUGGUUUGACAGUUUAGUCCAAACAUUGCCACUUCGUGUAUAAAAGUACUUUAAAACAACGCGCUGAUUUGUCUCAGUGUGGAGCAAUGAAUGCCGAGCUGUCGAAGUUGACCUCACUAUUAAUUUUUAAGGUUGCAAUAAAAAUCAAUUUUGUCAUGUUUUAUUUGCUACAAGAUUUGCUAGGUACAAUGUUUAUUUUGUUCAUCGUUUGACAAUUCGUCACCUGUAAAGUAUAAACUCAUGAUCAUACAUCUUUACGAGCAGCAGUAUUUUAACAAAAUCAUUUAUCUCCUUAGUUUUUAAGAUCAAUCGGCAAGCAAGACAAUGUUACUCGCUACUCAUGUCAAUAAAUUAGAAGCUUUGCGCAGCUCUACCGUUUUCUCGCACCUUAAACACAAAAAAAACGAAAAGAUAUGUAUAAUCCGAGAGCAAUAGCGAGUAAAUAAGGCAAAACAAAUAUAUAAACUAUAAAUCAAUUUAAACUGAUAACCCUAAUGGUACACGCUAAAGUGUGAGAACUCACAAAAAAAAACAUUCCGUAAGAUCGCACGCAAAUUCACUCACAUUCAUCACACAAACACAUAUACGAAAUGAAAUAAUGAAUCAUGUAAAUAGAUAGCAUCCGUGGCCCGGUCGGCAAGUAACGUGAGUUAAAGGUGCAAACCUUUAAAGUGUCGCAACA